AUGAAAAAACAAGAAAAACAAACUGACAAACGAAGACAAAGUUCGGACUCUCGAAGUUCAAGAGGCCCAUUUGUUCUUUCAGUUGAUGGGGAAAUCAGACAAACUCCUUCAAAUCGUCAAACUACAUCAACUCCUUCAAAUCGUCAAACCGAACAAACUUCUUCCAUUACUCCUUCAAAUCGUCAAACUAUAUCCACUCCUUCAAAUCGUCAAACUGAACAAACUUCUUCCAUUACUCCUUCAAAUCGUCAAACUACAUCAACUCCUUCAAAUCAUGAAGAAUUUCGUCCACAUAAGCGUCAAAAAUCUGAAAAAAAACAAAAGCAUAAACAAAAAAAAGGAAAACGACUGACUAAACGUAGCUAUGACAAUGAAAGCAGUUCAGAAGACGAAAGUAGUUCAGAUGAAAGUGAAAUGGAUGAAAAAAAAGCAAGGGCGGAAAUGAAAACGAUAUUAAAGACAGUACCAAAAACGUUAGAUAUGAAUUAUAACGAAACCUUCACAAGCGGCGCUAAUAUUUCACGUACAAUUCAGAAAAAGAUUCGGCGGAUGAAAAGUGCAAAGUCACUUUACGCAAAUAAUAAUUCAGAAAUAUCAAAGUACAAUAAAGAAGAACUAUUAAAAAUACUAAAAAAUAGAAAGUACCAUUCACCGGAAAUAAGUGAAUCAGACGAUGAUCCUGUUAAUCAAAAUAAACGUAUUAUUUGCGUAUACGAUCUGUCUUGGCGUUCAGAUGAGCUAAAAAUGCUACUUCGAGAUAUCCUUGAUCCUCAUUCAUUCACAAUACAAAUCGCUCGUUUGACAAGAGAACGCAAUUAUGAUGACGAAUUGCAAUCUUACGACCACCCCCAUCCUCCGAAUGCUCCUGAAUGGUCUUACAUAGAACAAAUUGACCAAGUUUAUGACACAGAAAUUGAAGAUGUAAAUUUAGGUAGUAAAACACCAGUUUACGGCGAUAAUGAAGAUUCGAUUGUGGGUAAUAUGCCAGUUUACGGUGAUAACGAAGAUUCGAUUAUGUAUAACACCGAUGAAGAAUAUGCUCAUGGCGAAUCUUCAACUACUGGGAUGAUUCGUGAAGCUAUUUUGGAAGCCGAUUCGCAACAAAAAGACAAAAAUAAGAAAAUUGAGACGCAUCCUGGACUUGGACUUCGGCUUUUUGGAUACCACGGCCUCUUUGAUACCGAACUUUGGUCUUUUGGCUUUAUUUUGGCUUCGGAAGCUAGAACGAACAGGACUUUAAGGUAUUUUGCCCGGAUCUUGAAUCUACAGGUAUUUCGCCCGGAUAUUGGAUCUACAGGUAUCGUACCUUCGGCUUUGGGUCUUGGAAUUGGUAAGUUUCAAGGUAUCAGUUUGGACAUUGGCGAUUUUUCAGUAGGAUUUUUUGAUUGA